AUGUCUCGGUCAGCUCCGUCCCCAAUCUACACCCUGAGGGGUUCCAGUGGGCCCUUCAACACCCUCCACUUCUUUUGCGAUCGAGGGGACACUCCCCUCCUCUUCUCUGGAUCUGGGAAAGGUGCUAUCCAUGUGUGGAAUUUGAUAAACAGGAGGCCAGAGAGAAUUAUACAAGGUCAUUCUGGGAGUUCCGUUAUCUGGAUCAACACACUUCCCUGGGAAGAUACACUCAUUAGCCAGGGAAGAGAUAUGAAGGUCUGUCUUUGGGAUUUGAGUCAAGGUCGUAGUGAGCUGUUGGACUCUCUAAGUACAGGAAGUGUUGGAUUCUGUCAGUGUUCCUUACUGGAGACAGGGCAGAGGAGCUGCCUACUAGCUUUUGCAGGACAAGAUACUGAAGAGAUUAAAAUAGUUGAGCUACCCAGUAAGAGUAUCGUGUGCAGCCUGGUACCAGAUUUGAAACUGGGGAUGGUCAUGUGUGUCAAGCUGUGGCAGCCACAGUCAGGUCCUGGACCCCUCUUGCUGGCUGGGUAUGAGGACGGAUCACUGUUGUUAUGGGACAUAACCCAGAGGUCGAAGCUGAGUCAAACCAAAGUCCACCUUGAGCCUGUCAUGUGCCUGACCUUCGACCCAGAAAGUCUGAGGGGCAUAUCGGCUUCUUCAGAGAAAAAACUCUCUUCGUGGGUCCUGGAUGAGCAGAAUAACCUGCAGCUUCAAGACAACGUAAUGCUAACCAACCCUGGCGUUUCCCAGCUGAGCAUUAGAAAAGAUGGUAAACUGUUAGCAUCAGCGGGAUGGGACCACCGAGUACGGAUAUUUAGCUGGAAAAAGCUGCGACCUCUGGCAGUUCUGCAGUACCACAGUGACAUGGUUCUCAGUGUUGCUUUCUCCAACCACAAGGACCCAAGACAAAGACUUCUGGCAGCUGGAUCCAAAGACCAACGUAUCAGCCUGUGGUCUAUAUUCAGUGAGGUACCUGGCACUUGCUGA